CCGCCCCGACCGACCCUUACCGCCCAGCGACAGCGACCACCACUUGAAAUAUGUACAGCUAGCAGCCAUCGACAGUAUAGCACAAUUGAGGCGUAUCUUGACACGCGCACCUGGAGCAGGGAGAGCAUAGCAACGCGCACAACAACAUACAUAUCCUCAUAAUCCGACAGAAUGGCUGCGAGGGGCAAGGCAAUGCCCGUGGGCUCGUCGCAGUGGGUGCAGCAUGAAAGGGAUCAGGCGGCCGACUUUGUCGGCCAGGAUGUUGAGGAAUUCUCGUAUAGUGUGCGGAACGAGCUGGAUUGGCUGAACGAGCGCAUGGCCGAUAUCUUCAGCAAGACCGAGGUUAACUUCACCGACAUGUUCAAAACGCCUGGAAAGCUACGCGGCAAGACUCCUCGAACUGCGCGCAAGGCGAACGCUCUCGCACCGCGACAGCCUUUGACGGACAUUUUCGCGCCCAACGUACAGCAAGCAGCAGCCUCGCCCGCGAAAGGUACACCCUUCUUCGAGAAAGUCGCUCAGUUUCAGAUUCCCAAGGACGAAGAAAAUGUACCUCCUCAACACAAACCAGCUGGGCGUGGAACAAGCCCUCAACGAGUUGGAAAGCCAUACUCAUAUACCGAUUCUGGAUACCACGGAAUGAUGACUGAAGACGAGAUGGAAUUGGACGCACAGCGAAAUGAGAGCGUCGCGUGCUCAUCACACAUCGCCGCGCAACCUUUGAAAGGGCCCGUACGAUACGAUCAGCAACCGUCCGAGCGAAAUGGAGACAACCAUGUUAUUAGCGAUGACUCUUUUGUCUCUGCGAACGAGCAGAAAAGCGGCGCAGAGAACGGCGCUGACGAUCAGAUGGAUGACGCGCCUGGUGAUACGCAACCCUAUACGCAUGAGGAGGAGACGAGACUCGUCGCGAAUGCCCUACAGGACGUCAACGAGGUACAGAUCUACGAGGAUGAGCCCAUGGAAGAUCACAUAACCGAAGCUGUGCGACCAACACCAGAGCUUGAGCAAGCGCAGGUGCCGGUCGCCCAAGAGAAUGAUGUCGAUAUGGACAUGGACGCUGCAGAUGACCAGUCUGAAACGUCCAGUCCCGAGAAACCUCUGAAUCGCAAGAGUAGCUUCACUUUCUCUUCUUUACCAGCACGAGAGCCGCUCACAGCCAAGCGCAGCAUGGGGCAAAUGGAGCUGAACAGGAAUAGUGUUUUCAACAAAUCUAUUGGCGGUCGACAAACGGAUCAUCAAAUGACAGACGACGGCCAGGAGAAGUCACAAGAGUCCAGGCCACAUGGAAAAUCUACCGCACAGCUCCUACAUGACCGUAUCAAUAUGCUAGGCAAGACCAAGGAGCCUCGACCAUCAAAGAGCAUUCAUCAGAUGGCUUCUUUGAGUCACUCUGCGUACCCACAAUUGCCUACAGCCGGGCAAGAAAUCGCGCAGCCGAAUGAGCCUUUCGACUUCGAGUUCCCGCAGAAGAUCGGAGAGCAGACUGCAGCCCCCAUUGAGGACGCUGAGGAUGAUUGGAUUGCCCCCAAGAAGCCAGCUCAUCCCCUGCGACAAAAAUCAUCAGAUAAUGAUCUACAGCCUUCAUCGGCGAAGCUAGCCUCGCCACGGCCUGCCAUGCAUACCAAGUCGAUAUCGACCACAGAUAUUCCUUCGCCGUUGAGGGCCAACAUGGGCGAUCCUCAGCACCAGAAAGCAAUUUCAGUCUCACAUCCCAUACUCGCAGAAAUCCUCGAGUCCACUACACCACACGAGUCUCCGUCGCGAAAAGCCAACGAUGGACCGUUGAGUGCGUCGAAGAGCAGGCUAUGGUCAGCGUUGAAGUCUGCGAAGAACAUAUUCGCAUCGUCUGCCAGCACUAGUGCUGCGGCAAAGCUCGAAGCGUACAAUGACUCGCAAGCUCUCACUCGCUCUCCGACUCGCGAUCCUGUUGAGCAGUCGCACAAGGUCUUUAACAUGCCCGGUGCUCUGUGGUCGACGAAAGACGUGCUCCAGAGCCCGGAAAGAAAGAAUUCGAUAGUUUCUCACAGCCCAAGCAGGAAGACACGACUUUCUCAUGAGAGUGAGAAACGACGCGAGAAGGAGGUCAAAGCUCAAGAGAAGGCUGCCGCGGAUCUUGAAAAGGUGCGAGAGAAGGAGCGUCAAAAAGCUGCCGAACAACAGGCGAAAGAGACUGCAAAAGCUGAGAAAGCUGCGAGGGCCGAAGCUGCAAGGGUUGAAAAGGAGAGACAGCUGGCGGCGAAAGCUGCCGCGAAUGCUCCAAGGCCACAGUCUGCUGACGAAGAGAUGACCUCUGAGAAUGAGAUGGCACCUCCACCACCGCCGAAGACUGGCAUGCUUCCAGCUGGUAAGUUGAGAGCUCCUGGACGACUCAUGCGGCCAACCAAGGAGUCUACACAAUCUAGACCUGUGGCAGUACGUAUGCCCUCUCAAGCACAGCGAGCAGGCCAGGCACCGUCGUCGUUUAACAAAUCUCACCACGAAACGCUGGCAUCAUCUACGAGCAGCCACGCAGGACCACGCGCCGGAUCUGCCAUGGGUCCCAGGCCGGGAACUGCUGGUGGCAAUGCUCGUGUAAAGGCACUCGAAAGCGCUGCUAGAAAGAAGGAAGCGGACGAGAAGGCAGCUGCGAAGAAAGCGGAGCAGAAACGAGAGCUCGAGCGCAAGCGCGCCGAGAAGGCAGGACAGGAAAAGCGCGCAGAGGAAGAACGCAAGGCCGCUGAAUCACAGCGAAUACAGGAAGCCAAGCAGACUGCUGAGCGCAAGGCAGCCGACAAGCGUGCUGGAGAGAUGCGGAAGCGCGAACAGGAUCGUGCUGAACAGCACAAGCGCGAACAGGAUCGCCUCGAGCAGCAGCACAUAGAGCAGGAGCGACUCGAGCAGCAGCGGCGAGACAUUGAGCGCCUUCGACAAGAAGAGGAUGCUCGUAAGGCUAGAGAGGCGCACGAUCUGGCGGAGGCUAUCCGCCGCGAGCGCAACCAGCAAGGCCAGCAGCAUCGGGGUGACUUGCCCGGUACUUUACGCCAAUUGAGCAAAAACACUGUGCCGUCCACAAACCCAGCCAAGCCUCCCAAGCGACAGCUUCCCAUCGAGGACGAUGACCAUGCCCCACCGCCACAAAGACCCGGUAUUCUGCGCAAUGGACCUUCCUACCAACAGGCAGAUCCCAAGCGACGACGCACGAAUGAGGAGCAAGAUGAGCCUCCUCUUAAGCGGACUUCAGUCAUGGCGCCGCCAAAGCGCCCAUCCACGAUGCGCAAGGAACCGCUGUCAAAAUUCUCCGGCUAUGCGCACGCCCCUCCUCCUGCUGCUCACCACGCUAGCAUGUUUAAAUCUGCUGUCACUGCGCAGCACCAGAGUCAGCACGGGAGCAGCAAGCCUAUGCACCCAAGCCAGCUUGUGCAAACUUCCAGUGCCCGCAUUCCAUUCGCCGAUAACGCGAAAACUCCUGGGCAGGCUUCAAGUUCACAGUAUCAUCCUGGCUACGAACCCCACAAGUUCAAGACUCCGUCAAGACCUCAGCAGGCAGCAAAAUCCGCCAAGUCCACGCCACAGUACCCUCAAGGAGACAACAUUGAGCUUCCGGACAUCGCGACCGACUCUGAGGAUGAAGAGGACGAGGAUGAUGAGCCUGGCGGCUUCCGCGCGCCUUCAUGGACAGCUUCGCCGGCUCUGCGUGCUCUUCUUACCGAGCAGCAACUCCUGGACCCUGAAGCUGUAUUUGGACCGAUUGGUGAGCUGAAAAUGGAGGAAGUAUUUAAAAAUGGCAAGAACCAGGAUCGACUCAAGCGUUUCCGCGACCGUGGGAGCAGUGCUAUGUGGGUCGAGACUGGUGAUGCUGUUACUAGCGCGGAGAAGAGGAGGGACAUGGAAUUGAGGGAGAGAGUGGUGAGAGAAGGCGGUUGGAGGUAUGAGCCUGGCGUUUGAGGCGGCCUUGGAUGGCUCCCGAGCGAAUUGCAGGCUUCAGCACUGAUGAUAAUAAUGUCCAAUUACGACUGGCUUUGGCUUGGGCGGGUUACUGGCGUACAGUGAGAGAGAGAGAGACUUGGAGGUUCGGAUGGUAUCAUGGUUGUCACUACAAGUUACCUUGAAGCAGGCAGGGUACCUGUGCCAUAUUCGGCACGGAUUCUUGAUGGGCAGGCGAAUCUUCCUAGAUACCUGUUUAGACUCUCGCUGGAUGCAAUGCAGGAAGGAUUCAUAAUACCUUGGUUCCGUACACCAGAGGAUAGAUAGAUCAUAUCUGCUGCCGGUUGAUUCGCUUCUUUUGUGACAGUCUCAAGAGGACAACCCUAUCUAGCUUACGAUGCCAAUGGC